GGGUCCCACACUUAUACUCACACAACUUCUAAUGGGCCCCGCAUAGCCGCAACUCUUGGGUCCACACAACCCUCUCUCCGGCUCUUCUUUCUUCUUCCUCCUCCUCUCUCCGCCGUAACUAAAAAUUUCCAGUUUCAGGUUUUGGUUUCCCGCCCCCCCCCCAACAAAAAAAAUCUCUCAUUAUCAUCAAUGGCUACCAAACCCUAAAACUCGCAUCCUUCUUCUUCUUCUUCUUCCUCAAUUUCUCCGUUCAAACUCUCUUCAAUUCCUUCCUCCAAUGGAUAACUAUUCCUAUUCCUCCUAUGCCGAAUCUCGCGACUCCUCUCCUCGUUCCUGCGAAAACCCUUCUUGGGACGACCCUUCUUCCAACCUAAACCCUACCAACAACUACAAAGUCAAAUUCAUGUGUAGCUACGGCGGUAAGAUACAGCCCAGAGCCCACGACAACCAACUCACAUACACCGGCGGCGACACCAAGAUUCUCGCCGUCGAUCGUACUAUCACUUUCUCUGCUCUUUCUUCCAGGUUAUCUUCUCUCUGCGAUGUUACUGUUUGUUUUAAGUACCAACUCCCUGGCGAAGAUCUCGAUGCUUUGAUUUCUGUUACCAACGAUGAGGAUCUUGAGCACAUGAUGUUGGAGUAUGACCGUUUGAUUCGUAUCUCGAAGCCUGCGAGGUUGAGGCUUUUUCUCUUCCCUCUAAAUCCACCUGUCCCGACGAUUCUUGCCUCCCGGGACUCCAAAUCGGACAGACAAUGGUUCGUCGAUGCUUUGAAUUCUGUGCGGAUUCAGCCUCUGGAAGAUUCCUCGCCGCCUGUUGAUACUCCUGGAUCUGCCUCGAAUCCUGAUUUCUUGUUUGGAUUUGAUAAAGGCUACCAUCCGUCUUCCAUUCCUUGUUCUAACUUGACGGAUCUACACGCCGUACAUACCGUGUCGAAUACGGCGGUGAAGGACGUUGCCGCCGGUUCUGAUUGUGGAUCUGAAGAUCGUCAUUUAGUCGGAGAACCUGUUGUUUCUCCGUCGGAAUUUCAGAGGCAGAUUCAGGACUUGCAGAGAUUGCAAGUGAUGACUACUGAGAGAAGCAGCGACGAGACUAACUCCAAGACUUCUGCAAGUGAUUCUCAACCAUCAAAAGUUGCAGAGAAAAUCUCUCCAGCUCCACCACCGGCGGCAGUUCCUGUUCCUGUACCAUUGGCAGUCCCUACGGCGUACUUCCCCGAGAGGCAGAUGAUCUCCAGUGGUUAUACAGUGGCUGCUUCAGCCAAUGGUCCGGCCACCGACCAGUCAAUAUAUCUAAUUCCGACUGCAGGGGGUUUAUUUCAAGCUCAAACGCUUAGACCCAUCAACGGACCAGUUGGGCACCAGCCUUAUUACGGAAUGCAUGCAUACCGCGAACCCCAGGUUCACAGUUCGGUGGCACCACAGGCCUCUCUUCAGCAACCAAAUGUCGGGGUUUACACUACUGAGGGGAUUCAAAUGAUGCAGCCAAAAGUUACUGUAAAUGAGGCUGGCUACACUCAGGUUGCGUAUGACAACAUCGGCAGACAAGUUUACUUUACCACCGCGCCGCCGUAUCAGACCAUGGCUCCGGUCGCGGUUGAUCAUGGGAGACCUAGUGGCGGUGGUAUAAGCUCCUAUAAUACGGAGGGUAAUGUGAUUAAUGCUCACAAAGCCUCUGGUUUGUGAUUAGAAAUAAACUUGCAUAUGUUAGUGAAUAAAUCAUUUUUCAUUGUCAUUAGUAUAAUAAACAAAGUUGUGGGUCGAUUGAUCAUAUAGGUGUAGAUGAAUUUGUAUUGUUAUUGUUUGAUGUCUAUAUUGAAAGGAGAAUGAAGGGAUUUGUUUUUCUUUUGGUUUUUAAUCUAACAUUGGAAUUGGUUUUGUGUUC